AUGGCGACAACACGCCUCAUAUCUCUCCUCGUACUUCUUGCUACGAUCACCGUCACGCAGGCCGAAAAUACGACCUUCAGCAAGCGCGGCUUGGUGCUGACGGACCUGUCGGGAGGAUUCUGUCGCAGCUACCAAUUCGGCGUGAAUAUCGCCAACGAUGUCCUGUACAUGGCCGAUCUGGACGGGGGAUUAGUCCCGGAUGACGGCAAUAGCUCGCAUAACUACCUGCUCCAACUCGAUCUGACCGAGUCGUUUUCGAUGAACGAUGGCGCGAAUUACAAGAUGAGUCUGCUGGAUAGCAGGAUCCCCGUACUGAAGGAUCAGGCGCUGUGGUCGAAUCAAGAUAACAGUUCCUUGUUCCUGUACGGGGGCCGGAGGGCGAGUAAUAUCAGUUUGGAUGAUCGGGUGUGGAAGUAUGCGAUCAAGGAGGAGAAGUGGGAUGUGCAGGAGACGAGUGCGGUGCCAGUGCGGUUGGAUGGCGGGGUCAACGCCAAUGUCCCUGAGUUGCAGAGCGCGUAUUGGCUUGGCGGGUACCAGGACUCGUCCACGACCACUGCGAUCACCGAUAGUAGGCUGGACUAUGCGACGAGUAUGGUCCAGCUGAACACGACGACCGGCGAUAUUACGGAGAUCGAGGCUCCGAUGACCCCCGUCCAGAACGGGGCGCUGGUGUAUAUCCCCGUUGGGGAGAAAGGAUUGCUGGUGUUUAUGGGCGGGGAGACGCCGUCGAUAGCCAACGGGACCAAUGCGACCAUGACAGUGAACAGCUGGAACUACGUCCAAGUCUACGAUAUCGCCUCGGGCAAGUGGUACAACCAGUCGACCAGUGGCAGCGUCGCCUCGCGCACGCAGUUCUGCGCGACAGUCCAACACGACCCUUCAUCCUCCACCUACCAGAUCUACGUGGUCGGAGGCGCCGACUACAAGUCUCAGGAUGUCAUCACCGACGUGGACUAUCUCUCCAUUCCGUCGUUUAAGUGGUACAAUGCUGCCGGGCUCAGUCAAGGCCGCAUGACGCUCAGCUGCCAGGCCUAUGGCCGACAGAUCUUCGGAGUUGGCGGUCGUUUGGCCUGGGCGGAUGACGGCAGUGCUGGAUGCUACACCAUGCCGGCAUUUAUCUAUGAUGCCCAGUCGGAGGUAGUGCGCUCGCGGUUCGACCCGGGGUUAAUGACAUACUCGCUCCCCUCUGCCACGGUAGCAGAUAUCAAGACCUCACCAUAUCCCUCCGAAUGGGCCAGCAUGGCCCUGAAAGAUAUUUUCGUCUCGAAAUCGAACACCACAGCAACCGCAUCGCCUUCCCCAUCGAGCGGUACUGGAAUCUCUUCACAUUCCUCCGCAGGAGCUAUCGCAGGCGGGGUCGUGGGAGGAGUGGUCGGGGUCGCGCUUCUCCUCGCCCUCGGCUAUUUCUUCCUUCGACGUCGUCGGCAUCCUACUGUGCCCCAGAUGGAGAAAAUUCAACCUGUCGCCGCAGAUGACUGGUACAAGGCCGAGCUUCCCACGUCGGGCUGUACGGUCAGUGAGGUCUCCGGGGAUGCGACAGCGAGUGAAAUGGAGGUUCAGCAGCCAAUGUUACGCCAUGAGCUGGCUGGAGGGUAUGAACAUGUUUAUGAAUUAGACGGAGGAGGCGCUCAUCGAGCAAGUUCCUCUGUAUAG